GGUUCGUGUGUGUGUGUGUGUGUGUGCGCGCAGACAGGGCAGGGGGAAGCGCUGGGUGGGCAAAACUUUCACUUCCGAGACGCGGCGGCCGAUCUUCUCCUGCAGUUUGUCUCUCCGCGUAAACACGAGCGGCGGCUCCGGAUUAACGCACCUGGCCGGAGGAGACUGACCCCGAGUCGGAAUCCCUGCGCUUCGGCACAAGAGCGCGGCUUCCGGAUAACCGCACUGUGUUUUUUUCGGGGAGGGGGGGUCGGGGGGGGGGGGACUGAUGCAGACUUGCUCUUCAUCAGUUGGGAUUUUUUUUCUUCUUUUCCUCCUGCUCUUCCUGUCGUUUUCCCUGUGACAAGUUACGCUCCGCAGUCACCUCGAGAAAAACCUCGCGAGCCACAACAGGGACAUGGAGUCGCUCAGAUAACACGAGAUCAAGCCCCCUUGAAUAACCGACACUCCAGAGCAGUUCUUCAAAUUGAGCCUGCAUUCACAGUUGCAACAAAAGGAAGGCGUCAUUAAGCCUUGUGUCCCAUUGAAGAGCCUGGAUCUGCUUUCAGCAAUAACUCCUGUCAUACCAAGCAUGUGGAGCCAAGGUUAUUAUAACCCCACAUGGAGUGACACUCUCCCGCCCACACACCACCCAGGAGUCUCCAAGCCUCCCCCUGCAUCCAAGUCCCUCAGCCUGCUCAGUGUGCAGGAGGACACAAAGUAUUGUCUUACUUCCCAGAAUCAGCCUGCGUAACCCUUCUGACUCAUGUGGGGUGGCCACAGCGCAGACUUGGCAGGCAUUCAGCGGACAGGACACCCCCGCCGCUGACCUUUUAAAAAGAGGUGAUAUCUUCGCUUACAGAGAGAAGUUGAGCUCUGUGCUCGAGUUCAACAGGGCCACUUCCUGAUGAUGACAGUAAACAUGGAUGACGGUCUCCAAAAUGGACCCGGACAGCACAGGAACUCACAAGAUGAUGAGGAGGCGCUAAACUCCAUCAUGAAGGACCUGGCAGCCCUGGGCCGCUGCUACACCCAGCACAACAAGCCCAAGAGCAGAACCCUGCUCUACAAACAGGAUUUAAGAGUCAAGCUGGAGCAUGAGAGAGAAAAACGGAUCAUCCCAUUCCAGAGGCCGCUGAAGAUCAAGGAGCUGAUACAGAAAGUGACCGAGGCGUUUGGCCAGCAGAUGGACAUGUUCUUUAUGGAAAAAGAGCUGCUACUGCCCCUGAAGACCCAGGAGGACCUGGAUCAGGCGGUGCUGACGCUGGGCAGCAGCUCGGGGACCAACGGGCUGCUCAGAAUACUGCUCAAGACUCCCAAGAACAACCACUACCUGCAGGUGAACAGCAGGGACAAACAGAGCGAGAUGAGGUCAUCGCGGUCACUGGGAGAUUUGAAGGGGUCCCUGCUCAAAGGGUCUGAGAGGGUGCGCAAACACUCGACGGGCUCCCUCCACACGGGUCGCACGUCCCCGCCGCCAGGCAGCGUCCCUGAGGAGCAGCAGCAGAUCGCCCGCCAGGGCUCUUACACCAGCAUCCACAGCGAAGGGGAGUUCAUCCCCGAGACCCUGGACCAAAAUAUGCUGGACGUUUUCGGGAGCACGGACAAUUCCCUGUCAAACAGCUGUCAAUCAAUAGACCAAGCACUGGACAGCCCUCCUUACUCACAGAACAACCGUGACAAUAAUUACCUAAACCUCAACUAUGAAUACAAAGGUCGCCAUGGGAAAGGAGGGACUUUCCCUCGCCAGUUCCAGUUGCCCAAUCGCAGCAAGGAUUACGGAGACCGUCGCAGGACGCUUCCCCGGAGCUUCAUGCCACAGGAGAACCUGUUUCAGCUGGUUCCCUCCAGUCGCACACGCAGUUACAACGGAGACAGCACCAUGCAGUACAGCGACCUGCGCUCGCUGGGCCGCACCGCCGACAAAAGCUGCCAGCUUGGUACGGCCAAGUCACCGCGGGCGCCAGUCAACUGGCGGCAAGGAAAGCUCCUGGGGCGCGGGGCGUUCGGGGAAGUCUACCUCUGCUAUGACGCUGACACGGGACGCGAGCUCGCCGCCAAGCAGGUGCCCUUCGAACCCGACUGUCAAGAAACCAGCAAGGAGGUGAAUGCUCUGGAGUGUGAAAUUCAGCUACUGAAGAAUUUGCGCCACGAGCGGAUUGUUCAGUACUACGGUUGUCUACGGGACCUGGAGCAGAAAAAACUCACCAUUUUUGUGGAGUUUAUGCCUGGGGGCUCAAUAAAGGACCAGCUCAAAGCCUACGGGGCACUGACAGAGAAGGUGACGCGGCGAUACACCAGGCAGAUCCUCCAAGGAGUAUCCUACCUUCACAGCAACAUGAUUGUACACAGAGACAUUAAAGGUGCUAACAUCCUGAGAGACUCCUCGGGGAACGUGAAGCUGGGGGACUUUGGAGCCAGCAAACGCAUCCAGACCAUCUGCAUGUCUGGCACAGGAAUCAAGUCUGUCACUGGCACCCCCUACUGGAUGAGCCCAGAAGUCAUCAACGGGGAGGGAUAUGGCCGGAAAGCUGAUGUAUGGAGUGUUGCCUGCACGAUUGUGGAAAUGCUGACCCAGAAACCUCCUUGGGCUGAGUAUGAGGCCAUGGCAGCCAUUUUUAAGAUCGCCACCCAGCCCACGAAGCCCAAGCUUCCAGAGAGCGUGUCGGACGCUUGCAGGGACUUCCUGCGGCAGGUGUUUGUGGAGGAGAAGUGGCGGCCCACUGCAGACGGUCUCCUCAGCCACCCGUUCGUCCAGGGCAGCUUUUGAGGCUUGCGGGCCCCCACCCCCCUCCUCCCCUACCCCGGCCUGCGAGGCCUCCAUGGCCCCAGUGCCUCGCCUCCUCUCCAGCCCGCCCCGUCCCCAGGGCACCCCCCCUCCCCUGUCACCAGGCUCCAGGGCUCAGCACCUCUCCAGCUUAACUGCCCUGUCAACUAUCACCGAUGUCUGCCUUGUCAGGACCCCUGCACUUCUCACCAACUAGCUCACCGCAGAUUAUUCACCGAGAGGCCAGGUUGACCGCGGUCAGACCUCCAGAGUUCUCCAAGGCAUCGCAGGCGAGUUUUCGCUCAGGACGGGACUGACGAGAAAGCACUUAGCAGUUUCACGAGCUGCAGACUGCUGUCCUUCAUCGAGUGCAGGAAAGUGACCCAACUUAGAUAGAGAAGCGAUGUCUCCCAUUUCAUGGGUCUCGCACCCGUCUACUGCUGCAGAACUGUGUCUGGGACUCGCCAGGCAAUAUGUAAUCGUGACUUACUGGUGACAUCUUACUGGUAAAUCACAUCUGAUCGUACUGUAAGUCACUCAUCAGUCAGCCGAGAGCGAAGUCCAGAUGGUAAAAUAUUUGUAUAUGACACAUACAAAGUCAUGUUAGCAGAAGAGUUUUCUAUCACACGUGGGUGGUCUCCUAGAGAAAAAUGUAAACAUAUUUUUCGUCAACGCCUUACAAUAAGAAUUUGUAAGUGAGAAUGUCUUUUUUUAUCAUCUUGGGAGGGUUGCAACCCCACUUAGAAGGACGGUCGACAUUGCACUUUUGAUAUCAUGCAUUGUGACAUUUUCCAACGUGCAAGAUAAUCAACCGAGGAGAUAUUUUUCUAUAUGAUGCAUUUUUUUUUUAUACGACUUAAUAAAGAAAAUUGUGCAGUUUCUUUCCGAUGUAACGAAAGAAUGAACCAAACGUUUGCAUUAGCGUGCAAUGUCUUAUCAAGCAAUACCAGCACUACUGUCAGAAUCCGUGACAUCCACUCCAGCGUCCCGCGCGGUGAGCUGUGUUCCAUUCAGAAGCUGCCAAAGAAAUGUUGCGGACAUGGAAGCUUUCGUGAAUUUUAGGCGAAGUCGAUGUACAGUAUUAGGCACGACGGAUUGUCCCGUCACCUCAGAGCCCUGUAGCCUUUUCUAUGUUGUGGCAGCUUCGUGCAAACUUAACUGCACAGACCAAAUCAAGAUGUAUUGACAUCACAUUGUGUUGCUAUUAUUAAAAAAAUAAGCGUAAAGAAGGCUUCUCAUUUAGAUUUUAUUCGUUGUGUCAAUAAGAACCCAGUCACCCCAUGCCUUUACUUCGCUUGUCACACAAUCUGAAUGUCCACGUGACAGCAAACCUUGCUAUGUAUCAUGUCAUGUGAGUUGAAGCAUAAUAUAAGUCGCCAAAAAAAGGGUGGAGUUGAAAAGACGGGGCUAAAAGCUGUAUUCUUUGAAGUGGAGAUGAGAAUAAAGGAAGUGGGGCAGAUCGAUGUUCGACGUGUAGCUGUUAUAACGGUGGCUCUUCAAAUAACGAUCAAAUCCUAUUUUUUUUUUACCUUUGACCAGUGCCUUAUCUGAAUCUGCUUGUAAACACAAACGUUCACUGCCAAAGCUGGAAGCUUCUCAAUAAGACGAGGUGAAGUUGUUCAGUAGAGAGCACACAAAUACUCACACAUACACACACACACACACACACACACAACUUGCUGAAGUUCUUUUAUAUGAAAAAAAAUAAAACAUUAUACUGUAAAUACAUAUUGUUCUGCACUUUUGUAUGAAAUUUCUUUUUACAUUAUAUACAAAUCUAUUUGACGACAUAGCUACGUUAUACAGUAGAUUGUACUGUGAUUUAGACAGGAGGAUGUAUGAUUGUCUCUGAGAGCUGGCAGGAGGCUUUUGAUUGGGACAGUCCCGUUUUUGUCUUAAUGACAAAGCCUUGGAACAUGAAAUGUAUCAUGUCAUUGAUCUUUUGUAUAUUUAACUUAAUAAAUCAAAGGUCUAAGACUA